AUGGAGCCAUUUCAUCCUCCCAGUGUACACUUUCGAAAUAUGUCGUCAUUAUCUCUGAAAAAUGUUUUGUAUGGGUCACCUUUAUUAGGUAAACUUAUUAUAAGGAGACAAAGCGAGGUAAUUGAUUAUGGAUAUGGGCAGAAUACAGAUACAGGAAUUUUGAAAUCCCUCAUUACUCAGGCUGGGACACGCACAGCUACAAAAGAGGAGACUGCUCAAAUAACAAAUCAAGUUACUGGUCAGAUUGGAUGGCGCCGUGAAGGUAUAAAAUACAGAAGGAAUGAACUGUUUCUGGAUAUCAUGGAGUCGGUCAAUCUUCUUAUGUCACCACAAGGACAAGUUUUAUCUGCACAUGUGGCAGGUCGAGUGAUCAUGAAGUCUUAUUUAAGUGGUAUGCCAGAAUGUAAAUUUGGUUUUAAUGACAAAGUCAGUUUGGAAAACAAACAACGAUCUACAGCUGGUACAGAAGACAGUAGUGGAGGUAUUGCAAUAGAUGACUGUCAAUUUCAUCAAUGUGUUAAACUGGGUCGAUUCGAAACUGAACAUACAAUCUCUUUUAUUCCACCAGACGGUGAAUUCGAGUUGAUGCGUUAUAGAACUACUAAGGAGAUCAGUUUACCAUUUCGUGUCAUACCAUUAGUUCGUGAACUUGGUAAAACUAAAAUGGAUGUUAAAGUAAUUUUAAAAGCUAAUUUUCGUCCUAAUUUAUUUGCACAAAAAAUUGAAGUUCAUAUACCGACUCCAAUGAAUACAAGUGGUGUACAAGUUGUAUGUAUGAAAGGUAGAGCAAAAUAUAAAGCAGCUGAAAAUGCUAUUAUUUGGAAGAUUAGACGAAUAUCUGGUAUGAAAGAUUGUCAAUUAUCUGCGGAAAUUGAAUUGUUACAAGCUUCAGAUAAACAAAAACGUUGGAUGCGUCCACCGAUCUCUAUGAAUUUCGAGGUACCAUUUGCACCGUCUGGAUUUAAAGUUCGUUUCUUAAAGGUGUUCGAGUCCAAAUUGAAUUAUUCAGAUCAUGAUGUAGUGAAAUGGGUUCGCUAUAUUGGUAAAAGUGGUUUAUAUGAAACAAGAUGUUAA